GGGUUUGCAGCCGUCACGUCCGGAGCGUUUAGGGUGGUACACAGGAAGUAAAUUCAAGGUAGCCAGACAAGUGGUUGUAAUUCGCUGGUAUAUUAAGUGUUUUGUCCGUAAAAAGGUUAUAUCAUUACGGAUUGUAGUAUAUUGUUUAAUCAACAUGCUGAUCAAAGUUAAGACCCUCACUGGAAAAGAAAUAGAGAUCGACAUUGAGCCGACAGACAAGGUGGAGCGCAUUAAAGAAAGGGUGGAAGAGAAGGAAGGCAUCCCCCCGCAGCAACAAAGACUCAUUUACAGUGGAAAACAGAUGAAUGAUGAGAAGACAGCUGCAGACUACAAGAUCCAGGGAGGCUCGGUGCUCCAUCUUGUGUUGGCGCUAAGAGGCGGCUCGACGCUCCACAGGUCCUGCAUACACCUGUCCUCUUUGUCAUGAGUCGCUGUUGUCAUGGGGGCGGCUGAGUGCCAACGCUUUAGUUGUCUGUCACAGUCCAACCAUGUUACAGCACAGAGAUCCGAAAUCCCACGCUACUGGGAUGCAAAAAGAAGAAGAAAAAAAGAUCAACCGACAACAACAAAAAAAGAAGGACGUUCUCUUUCCUCUGUAGAUGUUUUUUGUAAACCCACAUUGGUUUUCUGAGUUUGACUAGUUGAUCCAGGCACCCAUGCAGUACAGGAAACAGUUUGAGAAGACUGUAGUCUUUUUGCUUGUGAAUAAAUGCUGAUAUUGA